AUGGAGCUGCUGCGGAAGGCCAGCAGCGCGCUGUGCGCGUCGACACACUCGCGCUUCGCGCGCCUCCGGGCCGACACGGCGCCCAAGAUAGAGCUCGAGCCGCCGGGCACCGUCAGCCCGGCCGCCUUCAACGUCUUCGUCGUGUUCGGCGUGCGGCCCUGCUCGGGCGUGCUCGUCUCCGAGUGGUACAUCCUCACCAGCGCCUACUGCACCGAGCACGCCGUAAACGGCACCGCCUUCCUGGGCGGCACCAAGUACCAGUCGAUGGCGGACGUGCGGCAGCCGGAGGUGGUGGUGGCGGUGGUCAGCGACAUCCGCGUCUUCAGCGGUUCCGACCGCCACCUGGACCACGACGUGGCGAUCGGCAAGCUGUCGAGGAAGUGCGAUCCGAAUGCCAACAUCAACCACGUCGCACUCACCUCGGUCACCAAGUGGGACGAGCCCAGGGUGGGCAUCAUGAUGGGCUUCGGCGAGACGUUCGAAGGGGACUCUGCGCACGUGCUGGGCAGCGCGAGUGUGACGCUGGAGUGCGGCGAGAUGUGCAGCCAGGAGGUGCCCGCCUACCGCCUGGGCCAGAACGCGCUCUGCGGCGUCAACACGACGUACGCCAUGUGCUGGGGCGACAUGGGCGGCGCCGUCAUAGACAACGAGGGGAAGCUGGCGGGGCUGAUAGCGUACAAGACGUUCAAGUCGUCCGAGCAUCAGACCACGCGCCUGUGUGCCCAGAAGGCCAAGAACAUAUUCUUCAUGUUCAUCGGCUACUACCGCGACUGGAUCAAUUCCGUCAUCUCCGCGUCGGAAACAUAG